ACUGUUGUCAUGUAAAUGAACAGCCAAAACACAUAAAAAGUUGAAAACAGUGUCAUGUAAACAGUCCCUUAGUCAAGAGUCAAACUGCACAACUAAAGCAAACACUAAUCACAAUGAUGGUGACUUCAAACUAAACAUUUUCAACAGAACAUCAUCAUCUAAACCUCUGUUAAUUCUCAAUAAGAACUUCUGUAGAUAAAGUCAAUCUGGUUAUUAAUUAAUGUAAAUGUUUAAGUAAAUUAAGUAAUGGUAAACGUUUGGCACCCUGUACUGCCAUAGAUUUCACAGUUUUUUUUUUUGUUUGCCUGUUUUUUUUGGUGUUUAUUCCAACCAAAAUUCAACAUCUGCCUAACGUUGGACCUUGACAUCAAACAAACGUUGGGUUAAGACAUCAACCCGAUUUUCAUUUUCAAGCAAAAUCCAAUGUCUGAUUGAUGUUGAAGUCUACAUCCCGCACCUGCUCGGUAAAGGUAGAGAUGGAGUGAUGCUUGAAGAAUAUUCUCACUAAAGUGACGUAAGCAGUUAUGAUUGACAGGUGAUGAACAUGCACAACCCAACUUCUGUUUAAAGCUAAAUUUGUUAAAAUUUUGUGAUCAUGUUUUGAUUUACAGUUAUCUAAAGAAUGCUUUCUGAGAGAAUCUAUUUAUAUUUGUUGUAUGUGUCUGUUGUUGAGUGUGUGUGUGGUAGUGUUUGAGCACCAGAGAGCAACGUUGCAACCAGACUCAUGUUGCAGUAAAACAGGGUUUGUAAUUUAAAUGUAUUAAAAGCACAACACAAUUAUUCCAUUCAAACAACAUCAGUGACUCAGGCUAUUUCACAAUGAUAAUAAAAUCAUCAUCUGGUGUCAUUAAAGCUUUCUUUGCUACUGUACACUUUCACAGCAGCCAGAGAAGAUAAACAUAUUAUGAGUUAAGAGUCCAAUUAAUGGAAACGACAAUCACCAUUAUGGUGACUUCAAAUGAAACAAACAUGAGUGUUAAACUCUGUUAAUUCUCUUUAAGAACUUCUGUAGAUGAAUUGCAGAAAUAAGGUCAAUCUGGUUAGUAAUAUGUGAAGCUGUAAUGCUGUUUGUGGAGUUGUUUAACCCUCCUCUGCUGAGAUCUGGAGAGAUUUAAUGUCUUCUUUUAUCUUUGGUUGAUUUCAUCUAAGGCUGUGACAAGUCAGAUGUAGCUCUUGUGUUUCUGUUUGUCUCUUUUUUCUGUUCUCUUCUUUCCUUCAGUGAUUCUGCUUGUUAACAAGCUUGUUAAUGCUAAGAUGAUUCUAUAAAUAACAUAUAAAGAUUUUGUGGCUCAGAUAAGGUCUAGUUCUGGUUUAUUUCUUUACCCUUGGCUGACAUGUGGCAUUGCUAUGGCCUGCUUGCGGCUCAGAUUUGGCAAACAGGAGCGGUCUGCCCCAGGUGCCAUUAUUCCAUUCCACAUGUGGACCAGAUCAUCAUACCAUGUGUGGCAGAUGUGAGCCGGCACAAAGUUGCUAUCUUUAUCUAGUUAGUUCAGGUUUUAACAUUUACAUUUAUGUUCUUGACAGACUUGCUUUGGUUGGCAUAUGAAUGGUUUAACAAGUGUCAUGUUUAACUGGGUAGACAAGGAUGAAGGUGCAUGAAAAAUCAACAAAACCACUUCACACACUCUCCAUACACACUCCACAUGGGAGGAGGAAACACCAUUCACAUCAGAGCAGAAUAGAAAGACAUCAAAGCCUGUCAGCAAACAAUAUGUCCACAUUGUUUUCCAUUAUUAUUCAUUUUCUCUUGUUCACGCUCUCCAUUGUGCUCGUAAUGAGUUGUGGUGAGCGUGGAUGCGUCGCAAAUUGCAGAAAUGGUUUAUUGUUAUCUUAAAUAUUAUUAUUAAUGAUGUGGUAUGAUUUAAUUAAAUGUAGAUGGACACAAAUCACAAGCAAAUCGCUCAGUCGGAAUCACUGCAUUGACAACAUUCUGUUUUAACAUAAUCUAGCUCAACAAACCAUUUUGUUUAAAUCACUGCAGAAAGUGUUGAAGUUGUUUCAUUUACCUCGAUGACGUGCGUUUGUGGAAGCUGGGAUGACUGACACAUGACAAGGACCCCUGUCACCAUGACAACAGGCUCUAAUGGAGACAGAAUUGGAGGAGGUCCCUCCUCCUAAAGUACAUAACCCCUGUCUUUGAUCUGGCCUGCACUCGCUCCGUCUCUCUGCUGUACCGAGACUGCUGUGGGGAGCAUGUCCACUGACUGUGUGAGGUCACUCUCAGACAAAGCCGAACACACACUCACCAUGCACGAACAUCUCUAUGGGAACGCUGAAAUGGACAAUCAGAAGCACAGCUCCGAGGAACAUCAGCAGGACAAACUGGGACAGAAGAAACCCCGCAGGAAAGACACUCCCGUACUCAACAGCCCUCCACUCAUACCAGGCGUGAGAUUGAUGAAGACAGAGGCACGAAUGAUUCAUCAGGAGGAUGAGGAGAAGGAGAUGAAGAAGUAGAUGUGUUGCAAAACAUUCAGUUUUUGUUGUUAGUGUUAUUUUUGAUCGUUGGCUGAGCCUUCAUUAAAUGUAGGUUUUGCAGAUUUUUUUUUGUGUUGUCAUGUCGUCAUUCGAGUUCUAUGCUGAAGAAACCCAACUUAGAGUGAAGCAAACAACAUCCAUUUAAUUACAUUAUGAACAUUGCAGCAUAAAUGUUGGAAUAGUGUGAAUUUGGUUAUCAUUCAUAUGUCAUAUCGUCUAAAUUAACCAGCAAAACUAUUAUAAUAAUUCUGAAAGCGAUGCUCAGUAUAGUAUAUACAUGGUACAUGUACAGGUGUGUUAGUGUAAGAUUAUGUUUGUACAGCAGGUUACAUUAACUAGGUAAAUCUUAAGAAACCUGAUAAGAACAUGUUCAGGUCAAAAAAGUCAA